AUGUCGAACCCUUCCACGCAAACGUACAUCCCCAGCAAGGUCGUCAAGACCGACUAUCCCCUCAUCGACAAUGACCCGCACUUUAAGCGGGUAGUCGGAUAUGCGCGGCCCUCGGACUACGCCCAUGGUGCCGUCGCGGCUGCCGCUGGACCGGGCUUGCUGAUGGCGAUGGAGAAGUUUGCUCCCUCACACGUCGGCAAGGGCGGGUUUGCGCAGGCGAUGAGGUUAGGAGGCUUCCUUGGCCUCUGCGGCGGUUUCAUCUACUUCUACCAGCGCUCAGCCAGUACGUCCCGACCUCCUGUUGCCCCGGUCAACAUCUCUCCCUUCCAUAACCUCGGCAUAUUGCGCUUUUACGGCAUGUCGGAGAACGCUCGCGAGGUCGAGAUGGACAUGAAGGAGAUGGUGGCCAAGGUCAAGGCCGGCGAGACCCUCUACGGCGAGAGCAGGCUCACCCCCAACAUGCAGGGCGUCGCCGCACGACAGUCAAGAUACUCCUCCCUCUUCAUGGCCGUCAUGCCCUGGUUCAACUUUGUCAACCACAACCAGCACGGCGUCGACACCGCCAAGUACUACCAACAAGCCGAGCGGGAACUGGAGACCGAGCGGGCAGGCAAGGCGUAG